AUGCAUUGGAAAUAUAUUUGCCUGGUGUGCCACCUGUUUGGAAUCGUGGGAUCUGCCAGUCCUGAAGAACCGGAGGUAGAUUGCACGGUGAAUGGAACAUUGGCCUUAUGUCCCACCCCCUGUCCGGAAACCUGUGAGUUUCUGAGUGAAACCUGCACGAACGAGUGCGGUGGACCAUGUGUGUGCAAGGAGGGUUACAUUAUCGACGGUGAUCUCAGGAUCUGUGUCCUAAGAUCGGAUUGUCCGGUGGAACUAAAGCAGACGACGAUACACCUGCACUAUCCCGUGAAUAUCAAAUAUUUCGGAUCGUACUUAAUCCAUAACGAUUCUACGGACUAUAAAAGCUGGGAAGUGCGGAUACGCACGAUUCGAAAACCCACCGAAUUGAAUGAAGACUAGUCUGUUGGAAGUGUUUGUUGGUAUAUUUUUUAUAAGGGAAAGAGUUUUGUUUUCUAAUUUAGAUCGCUAUUAGCCGUCUGCUGGAGGAUCCGCUAGUCUGCUUGUUGUUGUUGUUGGUGGACUCUUUUUUGUCGCCCUGGGUUUUGUUUUUGUUGGACUGUUUCCUUUGUCCCUGGCGCUUGUUGUUGCCCGUUCGCCGUUUGUUGCCCUGUCGCCUGGAGACGUUCGGACGUCCGCGUCUGCCGCAACGGCGA